AUGUUAUGGCUGAAUGUUGUGACGCGUCUGCUGUCGCCUUCAGCCGUUGUCUUCAAGCUUCCAACGCUGACUGUUCUUCUCGCGACAGCCUCCAGCAUGGUGAUCCCAUCGGGUCAAGAACCAUUUACCUCAUCGUCUAUGCCAAAUGGCUAUUCUCAUACCUCUGUUGAUGCAGACUCCCCUUCCGAACCCGAAACCACCACAGAGAAGAACCUUCAUCCCUCCCAAUCGUUCGACUCCCAUCCCCCACUGGAGUCUUCACCCGAACCUGAUGCUGCAGACGACUCGUACGAGGCUGAUUCUCCGGCAUCUGACCCUGAAGAUGAUGAAGCUGGAGAGGAGAACAGUGGUGAGGACUUCGUUCAGUCCAGCCGAGAAAACUCUUCAUCUCCAGAACCAAGUCGCGGUGUCAAGCGAAAAUCAUCGCCGCUUGACGAAGUCGAAUUUAUGCGACAAAACCCAGACCUCUAUGGCUUGCGCCGAAGUGGUCGCGCGCGUCAGACUCGCCCCGUCGUCGACUCGUCAGAUUCCGAAUCUGAUGCUGUCACCCAACGCUCCAAGCGCCGGCGCAAGGAGCCCUCGCAACAGCCUUCGAAGGCCUCACGGUCAUCUACCAGCUCCUCCUUCUCAGAAACUGAAAGUGAUGAGUACGGUGGUAAAGGUGCUCGAGCAACCAAGGCACGUCGACGUCGCCUUAAGCAAGCUGCGAGCAAUGAGCCAUCCUAUGCUGAGGUUCGGUUCUCUACACGUAACGCAUCGAAGGUUUCCAACUACAAUGAGGACGACGACGAUGAGAUCUUCCAAGAGGAUCCAGACAGCCUCAUGGAUAAUUACUGGGCACAGCCUUAUGUUGAGGACACCCGCCCAGCAGUUGAUGUCGUGUUGAAUCAUCGAUUGAAAGACGGGGUAGAUCCAAAGAACCCCGACGUUGAUCGCCAAGACUUCGAAUUUUACAUCAAGUGGCAGGAUAAGUCUCAUGUUCAUGCGACGUGGGAGUCAAAUGAGUCUCUCGCAAAUUACCGUAGCACGCGUCGUGUUGAUAAUUAUGUCCGCAAAGUGCUUAACGAGGAGCUCCGUCUUCUGCAUGACCCUGACGCGCCGCCAGAGGAUCGAGAAAAGUGGAAUCUCGAUCGCGAACGAGACGUCGAGGCCAUUGAGGAUUACAAACGCGUCGAACGAGUCAUCGGCGUGCGGGAAGGCGAGGACGGUACUACUGAGUAUCUUGUCAAGUGGAAACGACUUUUCUACGACUCAUGCACAUGGGAGGCCGAGGAUCUAGUGAGCGACAUUGCGCAGACCGAGAUCGACCGCUACAUUGACCGAUCAUCCCGUGUCCCUGUUUCUGAUAAAAACGAGUCCAACCCAGCGACACGUCGCCCCUUCGAGCGUAUCCAGUCAUCCCCCGAUUUCUUGCAAAACGGUGAACUCAAAGACUUCCAGAUUAAGGGUCUUAAUUUUUUGGCCUUCAACUGGGUCAAGGAUCGAAACGUGGUGUUGGCUGAUGAGAUGGGUCUGGGGAAAACAGUGCAGACAGUUUCUUUCAUCAAUUGGCUCCGACACGUUCGGCGGCAACAAGGCCCGUUCAUUGUGAUUGUUCCGCUGUCGACCAUGCCGGCGUGGGCUGACACUUUUGACAACUGGACGCCUGACCUCAACUACGUAGUAUACAACGGCAGCGAGAAGGCGCGCUCUGUGCUGCGUGACUACGAGUUGAUGGUGGACGGGAACCCCAAGCGACCAAAGUUCCACGUCCUCCUCACGACAUACGAGUACGCGAUGAAUGAUUCCCCCUUCCUUGGCCAAUUCAAAUGGCAAUUCAUGGCUGUGGACGAAGCGCAUCGUCUAAAGAACAGAGAUUCGCAGCUCUACGUCAAGCUCAACGAAUGGAAGUGUCAAGCAAAGCUGCUCAUCACCGGUACUCCCAUUCAGAACAACCUUGCCGAGCUCUCUGCCCUGAUGGACUUCCUCAAUCCUGGCAUGGUUCAUGUUGAUGUAGACAUGGAUCUCAAUUCGGAGCACGCAUCGCAAAAGUUGGCCGAAUUGACAGAAGCUAUUCAGCCUUUCAUGCUUCGACGCACAAAGUCGAAAGUAGAAUCGGAUCUUCCCCCAAAAACAGAGAAGAUCAUUCGAGUCGAGCUGUCUGACGUUCAGUUGGAGUACUACAAGAACAUCCUGACGAAGAACUAUGCCGCCCUCAACGAUGGGGCGAAAGGUAUGAAGCAGUCGCUGCUGAACAUCAUGAUGGAGCUCAAGAAAGCUAGUAAUCAUCCGUUCAUGUUCCCCAACGCGGAGGCAAAAAUCCUCGAAGGCAGUUCGCGCCGUGAGGAUAUUCUACGUGCCAUGAUCACCAGUAGCGGCAAGAUGAUGCUUUUGGAUCAACUGCUCCGCAAGCUCAAGAAUGACGGUCAUCGCGUUCUCAUUUUCUGUCAGAUGGUCGGCAUGCUCAAUAUUUUGAGCGAGUACAUGGAAUACCGUGGGUACAAAUACCAGCGCCUGGACGGAACCAUUCCUUCUGCUGCUCGUCGACUGGCUAUCGAACACUACAAUGCGCCAGACAGCACUGACUUCGCCUUUCUCCUAUCCACACGGGCCGGUGGUCUGGGUAUCAAUCUGAUGACGGCUGACACGGUUGUCCUCUUUGAUUCCGACUGGAACCCUCAAGCGGAUUUGCAAGCCAUGGCUCGAGCGCACCGAAUUGGGCAAACAAGACCGGUCAGCGUCUACCGUCUCGUAUCAAAAGAUACCAUCGAGGAGGAGGUUAUCGAAAGAGCUCGCAACAAGCUCAUGCUUGAAUUUAUCACAAUUCAGCGUGGUGUGACCGACAAAGAGGCCACAGAAAUGCAGAACAAGAUGGCUCGCGUGGCUAGCGAACCCAACUCUACCGAGGAUAUCUCGCGUAUUCUCAAGCGACGCGGUCAGCGGAUGUUCGAGCAGACGGAUAAUCAGAAGAAGCUUGAGCAGCUAGACAUUGAUUCAGUUCUCGCUAAUGCAGAGCUUCAUCAUACCGAACAGGAGGAGUCCAUUCAGGCGGACGGUGGUGAGGAGUUCUUGAAGGCUUUCGACUUCGUUGACAUCAAGGUGGAUGACCUCUCUUGGGAUGAUAUCAUUCCUCAGGACCAGUUGGCAGAAAUCAAAGCCGAAGAGAAGCGAAAGGCGGACGAGAGGUAUCUCGCAGAAGUCAUCGAGGAAAACCGGCCCCGGAAGCGCCACGCACCAGCUGAUUCAACAGAGACUCGUGGUGAGCGUCAAGCCAAACGCCAAGCAAGGGCCCAGGUCGCGAUUGAGGACGAUGAUGACGACGAUGACGACAACAGCUCGCUCGAUCCGAAGCGCCCACUAGAAGAGAAGGAAUACCGCUCUCUCUCGCGCGCAUUCUUACGCUACGGCGACUGGGAAGACUGUGAGGAACUUAUCGUUGAGGACGCACGCCUACAAAACCGCGACCGGGAGACUGUCCACGCUGCUCUGCGUGAGAUUACAGACAAGGCCGCCAAACUAGUUCAAGAGAACUUGGCCCAGAUGGACGCCAUCAAAAAGUCUGGCAAGAACUUGACGAAGAAAGAACAAAAGGCAGUCUUGUUUGACCACCACGGUGUCAAACGCCUGAACGCUUGGACCAUCGUCGACCGACCCCCCGACAUGCGUCUCGUGCGUAAGAUCACAAGUUCUUUGCCGGACUUUAAGACGUUCCGCCUCCCAGAAGCCACUAAGCUUGCCGACUACAGCUGCUCCUGGGGUGCCCGUGAGGAUGGUAUGCUUCUCGUUGGAAUCGCGCGUCACGGGUUCGGAGCGUGGGCCCAAAUUCGCGACGAUACCGAUCUUGGUCUUGGCGAUAAGUUCUUCCUCGAGGAGCAUCGCGUCGAGAGGAAGACCCAGCGUGCCCAGGGAGAAGAGAAGACCACCAAGUCGCCUGGAGCUGUCCAUCUUGUGCGACGUGCGGAAUAUCUGCUCUCUGUGAUGAGGAACAAGCACAGCAAUGGGAGCAACGUCAAUGCGAGAAGAGCCGUGGAGAACCACCACCGAAACAACAAGCGCUCGUCAAGAGUCGGAAGUGGUAGUGUCUCCGCAUCUCCCGCCCCACCUGCUCGCAGAGGUCAUCGUGAGGUUGAUCGCUCACGACCUCGUUCCUUCACUCACGGAAGCCGUGACUCUGGUGAGCGUCACCACACACCCGGCCAUGAUCGCCCCAGGCCAGGCCAGGAUAGUGAGCGUUCGCGCCACCGUCCAUCAGACGCCACCAGCGACGAAGUCCGCCGGCGCCGAAGCCAUGAAAAUGGCGGCUCCAGCAAGGAGGACAUUGCCAAGUCUUUCUUCCGCCCGAUCCUGCCGAACCUCAGGCAGGUCUCCAUGAUCACGGCCAAGAACUAUCCCAACAAGCACGAGCGUGCGCUCAAGCUUCGCAGUACAAUUGUGAAGAUUGGGAAGUUUAUCCGCGGCACACUGGAAGGCGAGCAGUCCAUGCCUUCCCUUGAACGACGUCUGUGGGACUAUGUUUCCGCCAACUAUUGGCCCAAUAAGGAGGCCAGCGGAACGAAGCUCCAGCAGAUGUUCGACAAGGUCAUGGACGCUGGCAAGGCGGAGAAGGAGAAGUCCUCGAACGGCUCAUGA